CCUUAAAAUACCACGAUUCGAUCGUGUUCGAUGGAACCUUCGGCAGUGAAACGUGCUGCAUCGCGCUGAAACCGCCGAAAGGGGAAAGCAGGAGGCGGGAUGAAAAGGAGACGCCUCGUUCCAUUACGUUUCUAAUUGAAACAGCGAUCUCGAACGCGAGAAACGAUCCCUGUGAAUAUCGAGGCUCGAAGAGGAAAUCGUCGAGUCGAAAGGGAGUACGAAUCAAAGAAAGAGAGGCGAAUAAAUGGCCCACGAGACCCUGACAUGGCUGAACGCCGAUUUCGCCGAGAGGGUCCUACGAUUCGCCGAGCUCGACAGUACCAUCAAUGUGACCGAUAUAAUUUCGAAACCUGCGACUGCCGUAGGUGACAACUACGCUAGUGAUCUAGUUAGAGUGGUGGCGGAGUUCACGCGAAAUGAGGGCAAAACUAAGGUCAAAGAAAAAAAGUCGCUUUUGUUCAAGUUCGAGCCGAUAGCCGAGGGACCAAGGAAAGAAAUGAUCAUGGACAUACAAAUCUUCGACUUUGAAAUCUUCAUGAUGACAAAUACACUGCGAAAGAUGAACAAAUUGUUAGGCAAUCGUUUAAGUGCGCAAGCUUAUUACAUAAGAAUGGAACGACCGAUGUGUUUGAUACUGGAAGAUCUGGCUCCACUAGGAUUUCGUAUGGCCAAUCGUCAACUUGGUCUCGAUAUGGAUCAUUGUAAACUGGCUGUUCAAGGAUUGGCGAGAUUCCACGCUGCAUCGGUCGCCUUAUGCGAGAAGGAACCAAAACAAAAAAACUUAUAUUGGAGAGGAAUGUUUCAUGAAGCAAGUACAAUGGACGUAGUGAAAUUCUUUAAAAUCUCGUGCACCUCUCUUGCAAAUGCAAUGGAAAGCUGGCCACAAAAUGGAAAAAGGUACGCGGAGAAAGUUAAAAACUUCUCUGAGAAAAUGUUUGAAAAGGGCUUGGAGUCAAUGAAACGCAAGGACGAUGAAUUCAACGUCAUUAACCACGGUGACGCAUGGACGAACAACAUGAUGUUCCGAUACGACAAAAACGACAAACCUAUCGAUCACAUCUUCGUGGAUUUCCAAAUCCCUGUCUACACUUCACCGGCAAUCGACCUGCUCUACUUCCUCAACACUAGCGUCAACGAGGAAAUUUCCAACAACGGUACCGAUUCUCUAGUCGAAGAGUAUCAGCGAACUUUGGUUGCCACCAUGAAGCAAAUCGGUUGCAAAACGCAACCGCCUACUUUAAAGGAAAUAAAGAAGUACAUAAGCGAACGACUCGUAUACGGAAUGAUAUCAUCGAUGAACACGUUGCCGUUCGCUUUGGUUGCUAAAAAGGAUGCGCAGAGUCUGGACAGCUUGCUGGAAAAUAUGGACAAUUAUCAUCAUCCUGGAUACAAUAACCCGCUGUUCCAACGGAUAUUGUUGAAACGAUUAGAGACAUUCGAAGCAGCAGGCUUAUUAGACUAACAUAUAAAGUCUAAACUAGGAUUUUGAUUAUAUACAACUACGACGACCAUUUUCGGUGAAAUAUUUUUUACAAAUGUUUUUUACCGUAGGGAAUUUUUUAAUAUAGAAGUAUUUGAGUAUAUUAAAAGUAUCUCAUUUAGUUUGUUAUUGAAGUUUCAUAUUUCGCGAAUGUUUUAAUUAGAAUUAUGCAUUAUCUCUGUUUAAAUUUGAUAAUUAGUCGUAUGUACGUACGUAUGUAUACGUUGUGCGCUGUUGAUGGAAGCAAUGAGAGAAGAAAGGGAGAAAGUAGAGACGAGCUUUAAACUGAAAAAAAUUUCCAUUAAUUUUCUAAUUAAUUAUAUGGUACGUGAAUUUUUUUAUAUAGCAUGCCCUUCUUGAUUUUUAUUCUGCGUCAGGUUCUCGUUGCUGCCAUUACGCAUCAACUUAGCUGUCGAAAUUCUCCGUUAUUUUCGUUUGACGGUACUAGACCGCAGAAGGUUGGGCAGGAAAGGGUUAGCUAACUGCAUAUUGUAUUUGUUUUUGGUUGGUAUUACGUUGUUGGUUGUGGAAUCGCGGUUUGUUGUAAAUUAUAGUCAUUCCGACGCUGUAACGAGCUUACAAUGGUACUCGUUUGUCAUUAUUUAGUUGAAUUUCAAUAUUAUCGUUACAAGGCUCAUGAAACCAAAGUUCAACGUCUUUCGUAGGCAACGUAAGAUAAGAUUGGUCGGUUUAACGACCAGUAAUUCAAUUUACGAAAUAUUUUUUAGUCCACCAGUCGAUAGUACAAAUUCAGCAAUACAGUAUCAUAAGUUUCGUCGAGUGUAAUAUAAUUAACAUGGUAUUAAACUAGAUGUUAAAUACUUCAAACUCGUGCAAUCGAUAGCGAAAACUAAGACAAAACGAUUAUUUUUGUUUUUCGUGUUGUCUAAUUGUCAACGUAGCAAGUAACGAAUCAAUCACUUUAUACUUAGUAUAUUAUCAACACUGACAUUGUUUCUCUUUGACUACGACAAAAAAAAAAAAAAAAGAAACAAAUAACGAAUAAAAUAAAUGAAUAGUAUCCACCUUGCUCA